GCACCAAGCACUGCACCAAGCCCUGCACCCUCCAUCUUGCACCAAUCGCACCGCCCAACUCUUCAAAUCCCCAAUCCAACUAACACACCCCUCCCCCAACAGCUCCCCUUCUGGGUCCUCGUCUCCUUCGGCGCAUACCUGCUCGCCAAGCUCGGCUGGGGCGUCUUCACCUUCAACGACGUGCCCCAGGCGCACAAGGAGCUGAUGGAGGAGAUUGCGCUCGCGCGCGCCGACCUGAGCGCCAAGGGCGUGGAUGUCGAUUAGACAGACUGCUGUCGUCUCUGAGGGAGGGAGGGAUACCCUGAUGUGCGGUGGAUGGAUGUGUGUGUGUGGGGGGGUUGAUGGCUGGGGUGACUGCCUGGUGGAGGGUAGGGUGGUGAUGCGCUCUCUCUUGGGGAGGAAUGGUCACUUGCACGCAAGAACACAGACGGACAGAGAGAGGGGGGGAAGCACGCGAGCCCCGCCUCUGCUAGAGCUACCACAGCAGCAGCCUGCCUACAUGCUCAAGCCGUUUCUUUUUCUUUUCUCUUUUCUUUUUAAAUUUUCCAUUUUCCCUUCCAAAUCCCGUCCCCGUUCCAGAAGCCGCUCUAUAAGAAAGAGUCUCUCCAUCCAUCUAGCUGUUUAUCUGCCUGUCUGUCUGUAUCUGCAUCUGUACUGUACACACCCACAACGAACGCUGCCACGAAAAAAAGAAAAAGAAAUUGAAAAAAAAAAAAAAAAUUUGUCCAAGAAGAAGAUGAAGAAGAAAUCAGAAUUCGAUGUCGAAAAAAAAAAAAACAGUAAAGACGAGAAGAGGAAAGAAAAAAUACAGGAGAAAGGGCGCAAAGAGAGCAAACACUGGCCUGCGCGACCGGGGUAUACAGGACCCGCCUAAUGCCAUGUCGGAAAACAGAUGGCCGCCGCGAACAAAAACUCCUCGAAAAUGACGGCA